GGUGAAUUGUCUUAUAAAUCUUUCUUUAUAUGAAGUCAUUUUAUUUUGAUCCACACAGGCGUUAACAUCUUUGGGAGCAACAUGAGUAUUUCUUUAAUACGCAAACAUCUGAACGAGAUGGGGACCCUUAAGCUCCGAUCGUCCAUGGGUCGGAACUAUAUUCCCAUGGCCGGUCCUCCCCGAUUUCCGAUGAGUACAGCGCAGCGUUUGAUCUUUGGAUGCGGUUCCCUGGUUGUCAUGAUGAUCAUUCCCUUCUACUGCCUCUUCAGUCUGCCCCGAUGGUCGAGGAUGCAUUUGGGACUUCCGCCGGAGGAGGAGGACCAGGCGGAGGAGCCUCCACCAAAAGAAUAAAAGGAGGAGAAGAAAUAGAUCCCUGACCUCUCGACACGCUUUCCUUUAAACGGUGACUUCUGAAUAACACUUUCCUGGGGCUUCCAUAAAAAAAAACUUGCAACUGCGUGGCGCUAUUUAUCAACAACGCAGCAUAUUAAAAUUGAGCCAGAUCGAUCGUUAAAAUAUAAUAGUUAA